UGUUUUUGUUUUGGUUUUUUUUUUUUUUGAGGGAAGGGCGAGAAAGCAUUGAAAAUGUCGUCUCAGGAUCCUGACAAGCCACAUACAAGUGAAGGAAAAUCGAACGAUUCAGCAGGUACACGAGGGGACAGUUUGGACAACCCAGAUCAAUCCAUUAGAAAAAGGAUACGACAAAGUACCCCAAGUCCAAACAGAGACAACAUGCCAAAAUCUAGUCCCCCUCGGUUUGUAUCAGCAGAAGAACUGAUGGAAACAGCAAAAGGAGUUACCAACAUGGCACUGGCACAUGAAAUUGUAGUCAAUGGAGACUUUCGAAUUAAACCAACUGAAUUACCAGAAGGCAGCUUGGAGAAAAAAGUGAGAGAGAUUGUACACAAAGCCUUUUGGGAUUGUCUGGAAGCCCAGUUAAAUGAAGAUCCACCAACGUAUGAUCAUUCAAUUAAACUUCUGGGGGAGGUAAAAGAGACUCUUCUCUCUUUCUUACUGCCUGGUCAUUCUAGAUUAAGAAAUCAGAUUACUGAAGUUCUUGAUUUGGACCUGAUAAAGCAAGAAGCAGAAAAUGGAGCCCUAGACAUUUCUAAACUGGCAUCAUUCAUCAUUCAAAUGAUGGGGACCCUCUGUGCUCCAGCUAGAGAUGAGGAAAUUAAGAAACUAAAAGACAUUCAUGAAAUUGUUCCAUUGUUCAGAGCAAUUUUCUCUGUCUUAGACUUAAUGAAAAUGGACAUGGCCAACUUUGCUGUCAGUAGUAUUAGGCCACACCUAAUGCAGCAGUCUGUUGAAUAUGAAAGAAAGAAGUUUCAGGAGAUUCUUGAGAAACAGCCAAACUCUCUAGACUUUGUCACAGACUGGCUUCAGGAGGCAUCAGAUGAUCUUACUAAGCUAAGGCGCAUAAAUUUAUCUUCACCCUUUGAUGGUGGCCCUGCAGCUAGUGGAAUUCCUGUGCUGUGUCCUGUCUCUGUUCAGAAUCGGGCAUACCUGAAGCUGCUAAAGUGGGAUCAUGUACACCAGCCUUUUCCAGAAACAAUGUUAAUGGACCAAUCCCGUUUUCAGGAAAUGCAGCUGGAGCUGGAACAGCUCAUCUUGAUUGGAGCUGUCCUCCUGGUCACAUUCAAUGCAGCAGGCACAGCACUCUCUGGUCUGCCAGGAUUUGCUGACAAAAUUAAAACUAUUAUAAAGGUGCUGCUGGCAGGCAUGCACCUUCCCUCCUUUAACUUGGGUGAUGCGUUGGCUACUAUUGGUGAGAAGGUGUGUGCUGAAGUCAAUAGCUGUCUUUCCCAGCAUGGGUUUACACCAUUCACAACCGAGAAAGAGACUGUACUUAAAGGACAGAUCCAGGCAGUGGCAAAUCCUGACAACACCAUAUGCAAGCUGAUAGAUUCUCGAAUCCAAACAUUCCUGGAGAGUUAUCUUGUUUCGAGUCACCAGAAGUUUUUACCUGCCAUUCCGGGUGGACUUGGCCCUAUUCAGAAGGAGCUGGAAGAAAUUGCUGUCAAAUACGUUCGCCUUGUCAAUUAUAACAAGAUGGUCUUCAGCCCUUACUAUGACACUGUUCUCAGCAAAAUACUGGAUAAGGAAGAAUCUCAGCUAUUAGGGAAGUCAGAAAAGUCAUAAUACCCAUUCGUAUGCUUCUUAGACGGUGUUAGUUUUGUCUUCUAUUGAAAUGUUGCACCUAACUUUGCUCUGGAAAACAGCUUUCCAUUUAAACUUUUUUUUUUUCUUUAACUGAGUAACACUGGCUUAUUCUGAAGGAGAAAGGUGCUCUGAAGUAAAAACAGAUGAAUCUUUAGGUAUGCCAGACUAAUGAUCUGUAUUUUAUUUUUCUGCAGUUUUCAGAAACUGAGCAGUUGCUAGAUAAGGUGAUAAUUUUGCAAUCAAAUGGCAUCUUAAAUGGCUGAUUUUAGGUGUCCAAACUCUCUACUUUAUCACAAAGUUAGUAUGUGCAUUGAUGUAAAGCAGAUUAGCAAAGGUCUCUUCCAAGUUUGAGUGAUUUGGCCUCGAGAAAUCUUAUAGUAACACCUGACAAAUGUAACAAUUUAACAAACAUAAAAUUCCAGAUGUGAGAAACUUGGCUAACUAAUCAAGAGCAAGGCCAAACGCAGCACUUUACUGUAAUAUUAUAUUUUGUAUUUGAAAGCUACUAGUCUUUCUGCUAAUCGCAUUUUUUCUAUCGCAUAUUUUCCUCUCUACCUGCAAAUGCGUUACCAAAAACGUUAUAUAAUUAUAUUUUUGUAGUGAAUUUUCUGGAUAUCAGGUAACUGUCCUCUUUGUACAGUAUUUACAAAGGUGGCAAUCUGUAAGAUUGCAACUGUAUUUAUUUAUUGUAAAGAUUUCAGAAGGGCAGAGAGAGAACUCUUUUGAUAAGACUGGCACUUCUUGCCUUUCUGUUGCUGAUAGUUUAUUCCUUUUUAUGUAAAUUACUUAUUUUAAAAAGUGAAAUGUAAUGUUUUUAGAAGAUGGAUAAAGGCUUUACCAUUGAAUUUUAGGCUGAAGGAAACUACUUGUUUUUUAAAUUGUGACGUAAGUGAAGACUUAUGCUCAUAGCUUCAGAAAUACCAAUGAAAUUCAGAACAUAUCAAUAAAAUUUUGGUAAUAGUAAUUUUAUGUGUAUAGAAGGAAAUGAGCUAUUUUAAGUUAAUUGGAAUUAAUGUGAGAAUAUUUGGUAUUUUGUUUUCCAAUUUUAUAGAGAAGUUCUUGAACUCAAAAACAUUUGUAGAUCCUUGAGAAAUUAUCUAGUUACUUAAUCUCUCAAAU